CAAUUUAUUAACUCGCAUUUUCAAAGGUGGAUACGCCAAGUUCACCGGUUUAAAAACGUACAACAAGAAUCUGAAAACCUUAUUGGCCAUCGGUGGUUGGAACGAAGGCUCGAGCAGGUUCUCGCCCAUGGUAGCCGACCCUGGCAGAAGGCGAGAAUUCGUCAAAAACGCGAUCAAGUUUCUUCGAAAGAAUCACUUCGACGGUCUCGAUCUCGACUGGGAAUAUCCCGCGUUUAGGGACGGUGGAAAGCCUCGGGACAAGGACAAUUACGCCAACCUGGUGCAAGAACUGAGGGAGGAGUUCGAGAGGGAGGCGUCGAAGACUGGAAGACCGAGACUGUUGCUCACGUUGGCGAUGCCUGCCGGCAUCGAGUACAUCGACAAAGGUUACGAUAUACCCAGAUUGAACGAAUACUUGGAUUUCGUCAAUCUCCUUUCCUACGACUACCAUUCGUCUUACGAACCUGCCGUCAAUCACCAUGCCCCCCUCUACCCCCUGGAAGAGGACAACGAGUACAACUACGACACCGAAUUGACGAUCGACUACACGGUUAAUUAUCUGCUGAAGAAAGGCGCCACCUCGGAGAAGAUUAUUCUGGGGAUCCCAACGUAUGGAAGGUCUUACACGCUUUUCAAUCAAGACGCCACCGAUCUAGGAUCGCCGGCAGAUGGCCCAGGAAUCGAGGGCGACGCUACUCGAGAGAAAGGCUAUCUUGCUUAUUACGAGAUUUGCGAGAGCUUGGCGCAAUCGAACGACUGGGAAGUGAUCGAGCCUAAUCCUGACGCGAUGGGCCCAUACGCGUUCAAAGAGGAUCAGUGGGUAGGUUACGACGACGAGGAUAUAGUGAGGUUGAAAGCGAGAUACGCGAACGAGAAGAAGUUGGGUGGAAUAAUGUUCUGGACGAUCGACAACGACGAUUUCCGGGGGAAAUGUCACGAUCGGCCGUAUCCCUUGAUCGAGGCGGCGAAAGAGAGCCUCUUGGCCGACGGCACGAACACCGUUCAGAAGUCGAAACCGAUCGAGAGCCGCAAAAAGUCUCGGGUUCAAGGGGCUCGAAGCGACACAGAGAGAAGGAAAAAUGGCGGACGAGGCGGCACAACUGCGACACCUGUCUCGAAAAAUCGUGUUUCCACUUCUUCGAGGCCGAGGUAUCGAACGUUCACGCGGCCAAGAGCGAACGAACAGGACGAGGAGGAAGAGCGAGUCGACAGGCGGUCCUACGAUUCUACGUCCGAGGACGAGGAGAGGGAAGAGGAGGAGGAAAAUUCGGAGAGAGGGAACGCGGUUAACGGCGCGAACAAGCGCGAAAGAUCUAGAGAGAGGAAGAAAAGUAGGGGGGCGAAGAAUCGAUCGAGUUCGAGCAGGAAUCGCAGGAAGCAAGUUCGUCGUAAGGAAGAGGGCAACAAUGGCCUCGAUUCGAAGGAAGAAUCGUUGAGUAAUAAACUGACUACUCCUGAACCUCCGACCACUCCCGAUCCUGGAACAGAUUUCAAGUGCGAGGACGAAGGAUUUUUCCCCCACCCUCGAGACUGCAAAAAAUACUUUUGGUGCUUGGACAGCGGCCCGGGAGGUUUGGGCGUGGUGGCGCAUCAGUUCACCUGUCCUUCCGGAUUGGUGUUCAACAAGGCAGCCGAUUCCUGCGACUAUCCUCGCAACGUCGCGUGCCCGAAAUCGAAGACGUCGGCGUCGACGACCAGGGCGCCGAUAACAGCCGCCACAAGUCGCACCACUUACUUAUACAGCACCACCACGCGUCGACCUUCCACCGUGAAACCGGAUCCGGAGGAAGAAUACGAGUAUUACGAGGACGAGGAAGAAGAAGAAGAGGAAGAAGAGGAAGAGGAGGCCAAGGUGACUUCCACUCCCAAAACGCUAUUGUACAAAACGAUCACCAGAAACAACAAGCCUAGCACUGCCAGUACUACUACUACCACAACAACAACUACUACUACAACGGAGGCGGCUUUCUCAAAAUCGAUCGAUUCGGAGGACGAAGAGGAUCCCAAGGUUAUAAAGGAGCUGAUAACGCUGAUCAAGAAAGCAGGUGGUAUAGAGCAAUUGGAGAAGCAGUUGUUGCUUCAAGACAAAAAUGAGAGUUCGGCGAACUCUGGCGGAGAGAGUGCUGCUACACCAGCCACUAUAAGUCGCACCUUGUACGAGCGCGUGUUGAAUCGUCAGGCUGGUAAAGUUACGAGCAGGCAGAGACCUUCGACGAAUACGAAUUUCGCGAAUGGGCCGGGGAGAGCGCAGUUCGAGGGAUUGGAAGAGGUUCCAGAGGUGAAGGGAUUGAGACGAUCGCAGAAACCGAAAUACGUGACCAUCGAGAGACCAAAACACUCGACGAAGGAACCGCCACUGGACGGGGAAGAGGUGGAGGAAGAGGAGGAGGAUCUGGACGGAGACAACACGGACGUGGCUUCCUCCGAGGAGCAAACGAUUAGCAAUCCUUUUCUAGCCGGCUCGACGCAGAGGGCGACGCCUAAUUACAUCGAUAUAAGACGCGCUCGACCCACGACAUCGAGGAGAGACGAGAACGACGUUGAGGAGAGGAGCAAGGAUGGAGAGGAGGAGGCGCCAAUUCGACGCCGACGUCCAAGCAAGACGAGCUCAUCCGAAAAUGUUAAAGACGAAGAAUCUCGUUCAUCCACGAGCGAAGAAAACUCGCAAACGACUAAAUCCAGAUACGUGAGCGUGCAAAGAUUCAGAAGCACGACUCCCCAAUCGACGGAGGCUGCUGUCUCGGAGAUUGUUGCAUCGACCACGGAAUCGAUCGUUUCGGUCGAGCCGUCGAAAAUCGGCGAGGAGAAAAUAGAUACGACGAUCAGCCCGUUAACAAAUAUCUUACCUUUGAUCGGUUCAUCCUCGACACCCAACGACGACAUCCUCCCCGUUGAAACGGAGGCGGGAAGAACGGAAGAAGCCGAGACGGAGAGAGCGAUCCUCUCGACGACUCCGGAGCCCAGCUCGACCACCGACCCCGUGAAACUCGUGGAAGAUUCGGCGACGGAGAUCCUGUUGACCACAGCGCCAGCCAGCUUGUCCACGUUGUCGAUUCCGAAUACGAGGAUCAGCACCGCGUCGGUAUCUCAGCCGAGGCCGUUCGGCUUUAACCGAAGAAACAGGCCGUCGUCGACCGAGUCUACGACCACCACCACCACCACUCCAUUGCCACCGUCCAACGAUCAGACGAGGUCCAAGGUGGCCAACACGGAAGUUAAUAGACUGCCAACCCUCAAGGAACUAAUCGGUUAUCAAACGAACAAUUACAUCGCCACCGGUUCAUCGCCCGUAUUCUUGAAUUCGUUUCCUCUCACAGCGAAGAGCGAAGAGGUUUUAUCGCGUGAGAAAAAUGCUGAUCGCGUUCUCGAAGAGGUUAUCAUUGAAAAGAAUACGAUUUUCAACGAUACAGAACUUAGAUCUUGGAACAAACACGAUCACAGGAUACAAAAUGAUUUUCAAUCAGAUUUAACCUUAGAUGGUAUAGACGCAUAUUACGUCGAGGACGAUACUUCGUUCGCUAACAAAAAGAGAAUCGAUCGUGAAGAUUCGUCAGAAAUCAGUCUGAAGCCUACCACUAUGCGUGGCAUUCCGUUGAUCAACUUGCUGCACAGCCAAGUUCCGCGUGGUUUUUACGUCACUAGAAGCGAAACGGAACAUUCAACAUCGAAAAGAGUAAAGAUCGACGCGUUAACUCCCCAAUUUACCACCUUAUCUAUGGAGACUGGCGAAAAUAUUCCUUCUGGGAUCGCUGAAAAAGUUGGACAAUCCGAUGGAAAAGUGAUUACCGAGCACGAUAACACCGAAGAAAAUCUUAAGUCUGACGUUACCACGACAUUUAAUACCGAAUUAUCCGUGAAAAAUAGUAGAAAUGAAACUAGAAUCGAGGAUAGAGUGGAAAGCACAUCUGUUUCAACGGAUCAAGUGCAAAUGGAAAAAAAUGUAUCAUCGAUAAUAAAAUUCACCGAGAUUUCAAUUCCGGAAGAAAAUGUAAUAACUUCUUCGAUUUCCACACCUCUAUCUUCUUUAACCGAUUCGUCACCUUCUACGCUUACCUCCCGAUCUUCUAACGAAUCCGAGAUUAUUAAUUCUACAAUCGAAAAAUCCUUAACCAACGAUCGCAAUACUCCUUCUAUUUUGAAUACCGUAAUUUCUGUAACUGCAAUACCAUUCAACGUUACGACUGAUACAAACUUAUUAGAAUCAGACGUAACGGAAUUAUAUAUGGAGAAUAUAACGCAUCCUGCAGAUUUAGAAAAAAGUUAUUCGAUAAGUAGUCAAAAUAGAGGAAAAUCUACGAAAAAUGACGAAGAAUUCAAAUCGAUUUUAUCGACCACGACGCUUUCUUCGACUAGCACUGUGGAAACAUCGGUUACCGACACGACAAUCAAUGUGCAUGGUGAAAAAAUUAAAUUUACGACCAGGAAUUACGAAUUUGGUCAUAAAUUUCGGAGACGUGGUCAGAAUCGUUAUUACGUGAAUCGAUUGAACAAAGAUCAAAAGAAUUUAACGAAAGUAGUCGAAAGAACGCAAAAUUCUCGUCGUAAAAUUAUAGGUUAUCGAAGACCGCUACGCAGACCUGUUUUCAAUGGUAAAGCUGUGAACGACUCGUUCGUUUAUGAAGUAACCACUUUAAAAGAAACGAAAGUGAAUGAUUCCAUAAGAAAUUCAAAUGAUUGGAAAGACAUGAACAAAGAAGAACCAAACGUGGAAAAGAAGUUAAUGUCAAAGGCAAAUCAAACAGGAAACGAAGCUGUUUUCGACGAAGAACAUCUUCGGAUCGAGGAGAAUAUCGAUCGAUCCGAAUCCGAGGUGAAUUCCUCGAAGAAUACGGUAACAUCUCGUACACCAGGAAAUUUGUCGUCGACCAGAUUGAGAAAACCCACUGCAUUCACUUUGACGCCAUUGCAAAGCAAAACUUCAAACACAUUCGCGAAUCAUCGAAAGACUCAUCUGACCGAUGGAAAAUUACAAACUGUUGUUAACGAAACACUGGAUACCGUGGAUGAAAGAACGGAAACUUCGAAACCUGAGAAAGAUAUCGAUCAAAAUAGUAGAGCACAAGAAAUCGCGGUCACAUUGGCGGAUCCACCGUCUGUGCAAUCAUCAACCACCGGUACACACAACUUGUUAAAUCCUCCACCAUCAGAUUUCUUAAUCUAUUUAAACUAAAAUAUCAGGUCGCGCGCAUAUUUCACUUUCGUUCAUCACUUGGGAUAUAAUUUCUCAUCGCACCGUAAUCUUCGACUUAUAAUUUCCUCUAUUCUUCCUGGCGAAUCAAUCGGUGUCACUUGACCGAAAUUUACUCUCAUUUACUGACUUCUAAUUUUUGUGUACUUCUUCCAUACUGAAACUCAAACCACUGUGAAACCUUUAUGAGGUUUACCAUCAAGAACUAAUCACAUUGUUAUUACUUUCGAAGAGGUAUAUCAUUUUUUUGGGGAUUUAAUAGAAGCUAAUCAAACAUCUCUUGACAAUUCUACCUCGUCGAUCUCAUAAUCGUCUCUAUCCUCUAUUUCUCUAAUCUUAUUUGACCUUACUAUACUAUAUGUCUCCACCCUAUAUAUAUCAUAUUUUUCUUCGCCUUUCUCAUCACUGUAUCAACAGCAUAAUGCGAAUUACUAAUGCAAUUAUAACUUUCAAGCACAUUGAUACUCUUUCCCUCCUCUCGUCUGCAUCCUCCCCACACGUGCAGACGCACAUCUCGUUCUUCACGCUGGACAUACAUCAUGUUUUAUGUUUUCUUUUUCCACGGGUUUUUAACGGGAUUCUUCUAGUCUAUUUUAUUGGGGAAAUCGAAUAUAACUAAUAGAGUUGAACGAUCAGGUCGACCAUCGUUACGGAACGCCCUGAAGCGCAAAAUAAGCACUACGGUUGCACCUAGAACAGAUGCAACGACAAGCAGGGCUAACCUCAAGUUUACACCGGCUCUCAGUGAUCGACAGAAGCCGAGAACGAAGGAUAAAACUCAUCGAAGCUCGACGACAACAAGGCCUAGACAACGACAGCCUGUUGUCGAUUAUGAUUAUUACGAGGAUGAGGAGGAACCGGUGAUCGGAAAAUCGACCUUCAAUGGAAAACUCUUUCUCACGAGCAAAGGAACUUUUCGAUGCUUGGACCAAGGCAAUUUUCCUCAUCCUUAUUCUUG